CAGCGGGCACGGUGGAGGACUGCCGGUUACGCGCACGGGCAUCGGGAGCAUCAGAGGGAAACUGUACAGCAGAACAAACAAACACAAAUGGAUAUUUUGGUGACUUUGAUGCCUCUUUUUUUCCUCACAAAACCAGUUUUGGGUUUUGGAUCAGAUCAAGAUUACCAGAUUGAUAUCAUCAAUGAACUUGACCUGGCUAAUGCCACCUAUGGAAUUACCCAAGUCGCGGGGCUACACAACAGCAGCAAAGCCUUCUUGUUUCGAGAUGUGGGGAGAGCUGUGUAUGCUCCAGAACACCUCACGGAGAGGGUGGUGCAGAUGUUCCGGAGUAAGACGGAGUUCACCUUCCUGGCCUCCAUCCAGCAGAAGGCGUCCACCUCUGGAGUCAUCUUCUCCAUCCACGAGUCAGAGCACAGCUACUUUGAGCUGGAGAGCAGUGGCGUGAGGGAGGAGAUCCGCUACCACUACCGCUUCAACGGCAAGCCCCGCUCCGAGUCCUUCCCCUACCGCCUGGCCGACGGACAGUGGCACAAGAUCGCACUCACCAUCAGCGCCACGCACCUCCUGCUCCACGUCGACUGCAACAGGAUUUACGAGCGGCUGAUCGACCCGCCGCAGACGGAGCUCACGGCCGGCAGUGGAGUGUGGCUGGGCCAGCACACCCACAAACACGGCCUGUUCAAGAACGGUCUGAUGGUGAAGGUGGCCGAGCCGUGUCCGGAGCUAAACUGCACGCGCGCCGACCAGAUCCUCCCCGACAACAGAUGCUGCAACGUCUGCAAAGGCUACGAUUUCUGCACGGAGGGACUCGUUUGCGGGGAGAACUCCGAGUGCCGGAGCCGGAGCACCAGGGCCGAGUGUGAGUGCCGGAGUGGCUUUGCGUCGAGCCACGGGGACUCCACUUACUGCGAAGAUAUCGACGAGUGCGCCACCCAGAUGCACUACUGCCAGUCCAACACAGCCUGCGUCAACCUCCCUGGCAGCCACCGCUGCGACUGCCUCCCAGGCUUCAUCAGAGUGGAUGAAUACUCCUGCACCGAGCGUGACGAGUGCGCCGCCGGCCAGAGCUCCUGCGACGACAACGCCAUUUGCACCAACACCAUCCGAGGCCACCUGUGCACCUGCAAGCCCGGCUACGUGGGCAACGGCACCACCUGCAGAGCCUUCUGUGAGGACGGAUGCCGUAACGGAGGGACCUGUGUGUCUCCAAACAGCUGUGUGUGUCCCUCAGGGUUCACAGGACGCCACUGCGAGACAGAUAUUGACGAGUGUGCGGAGGGCCUGAUCGAGUGCCACAACCAUUCCCACUGUGUCAACCUCCCGGGCUGGUACCACUGUGAGUGCAGAGACGGUUACCAUGACAACGGCUCCUACCUGCUCGACGGCGGCUCCUGUGCCGACGUGGACGAGUGCAGCCUGCAGACGCACACCUGCUGGAACGACAGCGUGUGCGUGAACCUCCCGGGGGGCUACGACUGUGUGUGCGCCUCCGGGCCCGGCUGCAGUGGCGACUGCCCCCACGAGGGCGGGGUCUGGCGCAACGGGGAGGACUGGAAGCCCAGCUACGACCCCUGCGCCGUCUGCUCCUGCAAGGACAGCCAGACGUUCUGCAGGAGGGAGCCGUGCGACUGUGGGGACCCCAGGGAGGACCUCUCCUGCUGCCCCAGCUGUGACCAGCGUCCCAGCAGCCAGUGUCUGGACCAGAGUGGCCGGCUGCUCUACCGCAGUGGGGCCUCCUGGCUCUACAACUGUCACCAGUGUCACUGUAUGGAGGGCGAGGUGGAGUGCUGGCCGCUGCAGUGUCCCGUGCUGACCUGUGAGUACGCGGCGGUGGCGGAGGGCGAGUGCUGCCCGCGCUGCGUCAGCGACCCCUGCCAGGCCGAGCGCCUCCCCUACGACGUCCGCCGGACCUGCCGCGACCCGGCUGGCGCCGCCCGGCUCAGCGGCGCCUCGUGGCGCAUGCCCAGCUCCCCAUGCACCACCUGCAAGUGCAAGAACGGGAACGUCUGCUGCUCCGUGGACCCCGACUGCCUCCAGAACUACUGAGCGGGAGAGAGAACACAGAAGAACCCUGAACACUCCUCCUCACUCCUGGCUGAGAAGACGGCUUCCCCCCCUCCCGUUCCUCCUCCUCCUCCUCCUCCUCCUCC